AUGGUCUCCUUCUGCACGAGAGCGACUAAGUGGCAGGACUCUGGACACCACAAGGACACUCACAGCGGCGGGGUGGUGCUCGGUGAAGACAAUGCUGCCUCUGACGAGCGGGUCCGAGGCCAGCGACAGGUCUGCCUGGUUCUCUGCACACAGCUGCUCACCCUCAACCGCACGCUGUACAGGGAACUCCUUGAAGCCAGGUCAGCACAGCAAGACAACACAGAGAAGAGAACCGUGAGACGCCAAUGGCGACUCUUCCCUGCCCGGCUGGAGGCCUCUAGCGCAAGGAAAGCAGGGGCCUUCACUCGGACGCUGAAGAAGCUUUCAAGUGCCCGCCAGGAAGGUGACGCCGCCACCUCAGCACGGAAGAGAGCGGAGGCUCUCACACUGGCGCUCCGAGACCUUGUGCUGAGCAUACAGGUGCUGUUAGCCUCGCCCUUCGUGGCCACCAGCGGCCUCUCGGCCCAGCUGACCGAGCACUACUGCCUGUCCCGAUUCAGAGGAAGACGGUACAUUAAGCCGAUUGCAGCUGCCACGCUACAUCGGACCCCCCAGAACUUAGCCAUCUUCGAGCCGGCAGUCUCUACUCUCAAAAACUGUGCCAAUCAGACUGUGGUUCACCAGAUUUUGGACAGGGUGCUGUCGAAAUACGACAUCCGUCUGAGGCCGAAUUUUGGAGGUGCGCCCUUGCCCGUGGGGAUAUCUAUGUACGUGUCCAGCAUCGAAAAGAUCUCAGAGAUGACCAUGGACUACACGAUCACGAUGUUUUUUCAUCAGACCUGGAAAGAUCCACGUUUAGCCUACUACGAGACCAACCUGAACCUGACCCUGGACUAUCGAAUGUUUGAGAAGCUGUGGGUCCCCGACUGCUACUUUCUCAACAGUAAGGACGCUUUUGUGCAUGACUCCACUGUGGAAAACCGCGUGUUCCAGCUUCACCCAGAUGGAACUGUCCGCUAUGGCAUCCGGCUCACCACCACCACUGCCUGUGCCCUGGACCUGCAGAACUUCCCUCUGGACACGCAGACCUGCAAGCUGGAGGUGGAAAGCUAUGGCUACACGGUCGACGACGUCAUACUGUACUGGGAAGGCAACAGCAAGGCCAUACGGGGCACCGAGCAGCUGCAAAUCCCGCAGUUCCGCUUCCUGGGAAAGACGACGAUGAGCAAGGAAGUGCUGUUCUACACAGGCUCUUACAUGCGCCUCAUCCUGAAGUUCCUGGUGCGGAGGGAGAUCACCAGCUUCCUGCUGCAGAUCUACUGGCCCACCGUGCUCACCACCAUCAUCUCCUGGAUGUCGUUUUGGAUGAACUAUGAAUCCUCUGCAGCCAGGGUGACGAUUGGCCUGACUUCGAUGCUCAUCCUGAAUGCCAUCAACUCUCACCUGCGGAUGAAGCUCCCUCAAGUCUGCUGUAUCAAGGCCAUCGACAUCUACAUGGUCACCUGCUUCUUCUUUGUGUUCCUGUCCUUGCUGGAGUACGUCUACAUCAACUAUCUCUUCUACAGCCGAAGGGGAAGCCGCCGCCAGCGCAGGCGCCAGAGGCGCGCCCGCAGAGCCAUGGCCCGCUACCGCUACCAGGAAGUGCUGUCCACCGUUUCCUCGAGGGACGAAGUCAGCACUGAAGAUGACGAGUCGUCGCCCUUCAGCCCCAUGCAGGCCGGCCUGGCCAGCCCAGACAGCCUCAGCUCUUUGGUGUCCAUCCUGAAGCAGGCCCCACUGGCUACCGCCGAAAGCCUCAGCUCACUGUCCUCUCUCUCAGACCAGUCCUGGGUGGCCGCUGGAGGCAGCCUGAGCGACCUCCCCUCUGCGUCCGAGCAGGCCCUGCCCAGCUACAGCCGCCGCGCCGAUGACGAAGGCCUCAUUCCUACUGAAAUCCGAAACCGUUCUGAGGGCCACAGCCGCACCGAAACCUGCGACCCCGAAGAGCCCGUCCUGGAUGAGGCCCGCGGCCCCAGGGCCAGGCAUCCACUUGCGUCCAGCCAGAGGCGUGCGCGCAGCGCCAGCCUCGACCUGGAGGAGAUCCGCGCCAGCCUGGAGGAGCUGCACAGCCUGCCUGACGACGUCCGAGUGGAGAGCGGCUACAGUGACCUGGAGAAGGAGUUCGAGCGUGUGGUGGAUACCACAUGCAGCCUUCAAGAUGACUUCGUGGGCUUCGACGAAGACAAGGAAGACAAGGGCAGUAACUCCGAGUCUGACGACAGCGGCCCCCCCAGCCCCAAGUGCUCCUUCAGGAAGAGUUUCUCCUCCAAGGUCUUUCACCCUAGGUACAUCCCCAAGAUCGAUAAGUGCUCCCGCGUGCUCUUCCCUCUCGCCUUUCUGGUGUUCAACAUCAUCUACUGGGCCUACCACCUGUGCUAG